CUCAUCCCCACGGGCUUGCCACCGCCUGAGCCGGGCUUGUCACGCUCCUUGGUCGAGUCGUUGAUGACGGUCGUCCCUAGGUUGUACAGAGCAUUGGCGAGACCUAGCAAUUCAAGCUCUAGGUCGCCUUGAGGGCCUGAGGGUGGUGGUGAUUGAGAAGAGCGCGGAGAGUCUGGUGCCGGCUUCAUCGCCAUCGUCGUCAAGGUCGAAGUGGUCGAAGGGGUAUUGGUCAUUGUUUGUCACGACAUGGAUGAUGCUUCUCUCCCCUCUUUUGUACCAGACCUUCACCAGCUUCAGUACUUAUAUUUCUUCUGACUGACUUGAGUAAGGGCCUCCGCCUCAGCAUGAUGCAUCAGAAUUAUCGUUUCUGCCGACCCACUACGUAUGACGUGACGCAAUAGGUAUCUUUCAAUAAAAUGGCACCUGCACUUGUCUCGGCCUGGAAUAUACGACUUGCCUUCAGACCACCAUGACUGAUUCCACCAGCGUACGUGCAGCGCAAGUGAUUGGAAUUGCAGGCUCUGCAUUCGUGUCUGGCGCUAUUCUCUCUAUAUCUUUCGUCUCCGUCCCUGCGCUGGUUGCGCCUCUCCCAGAUUCCAAAGUCCAAUAUUCUUACAUCGCCGUCCAAUGGCGACGUCUUUAUGAACUGGGCAAAUCUCUCAUUCCGCCCAUUGCAACGACCGCUGCGACAGCGUACACGUAUGCUGCGUACCAGAUGCAUCCUUUCCCUGGAUGUGGGUGGUAUGCUACUGCUGGCAUGCUUACGUUUGGCAUUGUGCCAUUUACCCUUGGACUGAUGAAGAAGACUAACGACAAACUGCACGAUAAAGCAGGGGUGGUGGAUGACAUAGGGCUCGAAGGUGCUGAAGAAGCUGAGCAGCUGAGGACGGAAAAGACUGAAGAGUUGGUGACACGAUGGAAGCGGCUGAAUGCUCAGCGAGGAUUGCUCCCAUUGGCUGGUGCGAUUAUUGGUGCAGUAAUAACGACUAUCUAUGCUUGAUUCCGUCUUGAAUAUAUGUAAUAACGUUUUCACGACCUG